GCAGGCCGGCUCACUGCAGACCCUGGCAUGGUCUUGGACAGUGUGGAAGCAGGAGACACAACGCCUCCCACCAAAAGGAAGAGCAAAUUCUCAGGCUUUGGCAAGAUCUUCAAACCGUGGAAGUGGCGGAAAAAAAAAAGUAGUGAUAAAUUUAAAGAGACAUCAGAAGUUUUAGAGCGAAAGAUAUCUAUGCGAAAACCGAGAGAAGAGCUGAUUAAGAGAGGGGUUCUGUUGGAAGACCCUGAGCAGGGUGAUGAGGAUCCAGGGAAGUUGAGCCAUGCCAUGCUAAAGAACGGCCAUACCAUCCCCGUUGGGGGUGCAAGAUGUGCUAGUCCAGUCCAAGUAGAGGAAGAGCCCGAAAGAAUAGUAAGUCUUCGGAAGCCUUCUUCAGAAGAGGAUCCAAAGAAACGACUAGGCUCAACUGGAAGCCAGCCGGAUUCUGAAGCAGACUCUGUUCCUGAGAAUGCAUCCAAACAACCUUUACUUCCCCCAAAACGACCCUUGUCCUCUUCUCACGAAGCAAGUGAAAGGCAAUCAAAGGAGGCCACUUCUUCCAGCAGCACGACAAGGUCCAUCUCCUCCACUUCCGCCUCCACCACCACAGUGCCUACUGCCACCACCGUUGCCACGAACCUAGCAAAGAAUAUUAAUUCCUCUGUCACCCCUUUCCCAGCACCCAGGACUCUGCCUGCUGAUCCUGUCAGCAUUAACACUACUGCUACCCCAAGCCUGACCCAUACGGUCCCUACCAAGCAGCCCCCUAUCCCUCCCCCUAAACCAGCUCACAGAAAUAGCAACCCUGUCAUUGCUGAACUGUCCCAAGCAAUAAACAGUGGUACGUUAUCAAAACCAUCCCCACCCUUACCACCUAAGAGAGGCAUUCCAUCAACCUUGGUGCCCACCUCAGAGUCUACUGCUGCUGCUGCCAUCACAAAAGCACCAAGUGAUCAAAGAGAGAAGAGUACGGGCUCUGUGGGCUCUGUCCCGCUGAUGAUGAUCCCGCCACCUUCUCCAUCUCCCCCGCUGCCUACUCAUGUACCCCCAGAGCCCCCACGGUCCCCUCCGGUUCCCUCUAAGACUUUUCAAGUUGUGCCAGAAACUGAGUUUCCACCUUCUGUAGAUCUACCCCAAGAGAUACCUCAGCAGGAACAUCAGAAAAAGGAAGUACCCAAGUGGAUGUUGGAGCAUAGCUUUGGGGAGCCCCAUGUACCCUCUAGGCUGCCCCCACUCCCACUGCAUAUUCGAAUCCAGCAGGCCCUGACAAGCCCACUGCCCGUGACACCUCCCCUGGAGGGCUCUCACAGAGCUCAUUCAUUGCUCUUUGAGAACAGUGACAACUUUUCUGAGGACAACAGUACCCUGGGUCGGACCAGGUCACUUCCUAUCACUAUUGAGAUGCUGAAAGUUCCAGACGAUGAAGAAGAGGAGCAAACCCACCCAUCUGCAUUCACUGAAGACAUGGCACCUACCUCAGUCAUUCCUAAACUACCACAGUGUCUGCAGGAGGAGGAAGAAGAGAAGGAGAGUGACUCUGACUCAGAGGGUCCCAUUCGGUACCGAGAUGAAGAAGAGGAUGAAGAUGAAAGCCAACACAGUGCUCUGGCCAACAAAGUGAAGAGGAAAGACACACUGGCAAUGAAGUUGAACCACAGACCCAGUGAACCAGAAUUGAACCUGAAUUCAUGGCCCCGAAAAAGCAAAGAGGAGUGGAAUGAAAUACGACACCAGAUUGGGAACACCCUGAUCCGUCGACUGAGUCAAAGACCAACCCCAGAAGAACUAGAACAACGCAAUAUACUGCAACCUAAAAAUGAAGCUGAUCGUCAAGCAGAAAAACGAGAAAUUAAACGUCGUCUCACUAGGAAGCUCAGUCAAAGGCCAACUGUAGCUGAACUACUGGCCAGGAAAAUUCUGAGGUUUAAUGAGUAUGUUGAGGUAACAGAUGCUCAAGAUUAUGACCGACGAGCUGACAAACCUUGGACCAAACUGACCCCUGCUGACAAGGCUGCCAUAAGAAAAGAAUUAAAUGAAUUUAAAAGCUCAGAAAUGGAGGUUCAUGAAGAGAGCAAACAUUUUACACGCAGCUACUGUGCUGACGACAUUGAUAGGUACAACCGGACUGUGCUUGAUGUGGACCGCGUGCGGCAGUAA